CUGUGGGCAGCAUAUUUCUUAAGAUCGAGUCACUCUGUUUAACCGGGUAUAGCUUCCAAGAAUUUAGAAAUACCUUAAGUUCCAAAUUUAAAAAAAAAAAAGAAAAUCGCUAGUGCAACCACUUCCUGUAACAAGAAGGGCAUUUGUUUGUCUGCUGAGUGACUUAGUGUUAGAAUCUGGUGUGACAUCGCCAGUGCAGCAAGGACAAGAAGAAAGAUUGUGCCAUGAUGAACAUUUUACUUGCUGUUUUCUUUAUUAGUGGUAUAUUUUGUUCAACUGAAAAACCUUUUGGAUGGAUAACCAGAAAACCCACUGCCACCUUUGCCCAAAGUAACUCACAGGCUCAGAUGUCAAUACAGUGGAGCAAUCGCAGGUCAGGAGACCAACACAACGCUUCUCAGCGGGACAAAGGCAGAUCAUACUUUGCAAAGGAAGUGACUAAAAAUGGAACUAAAGCGUAUAUUCUGAAUCAGACUGAUAUUUCCUUGAUAAAGGGCAAAGUCAGUACUAUGGUGGUGCCAGCACUGUACAGUCUAGUGUUCGCAAUUGGGGUACCCGCCAAUCUGAUUGCUUUGUGGGUCUUACUGUUUAAAGUCAAGAGGCUUCCAUCUACCAUCUUGCUCAUCAACCUGGCCCUGACAGACCUCCUAUUUUUGCUGUUCCUGCCAUUUAAAAUUGCUUAUCAUUUUCUGGGAAGCAUUUGGAUCUUUGGAGAGACCUUAUGCCGAAUUGGGACUGCAUUCUUCUAUGGAAACAUGUAUGGUUCGGUCCUGUGCCUCAUGUUUAUCAGUACUGACAGAUAUUUGGCUCUCAUCCAUCCGUUUGCUGCAAAAAGAUUACGAAGUAAAGGCCUGGCUCUGUUCUUCAAUAUUCUUGUUUGGGUCAUUGUGCUCAGCUCAAUGUCAUUGUUUACAUUCACUCAACAAACCUACAAAUUUAAUAACACCGACAUAGUCACCUGCCAUGAUUUCAUUCCCAAAGAGAAGAAAGAAACAAUGUUCCUUUACUACUUCAUGGCUCUUGUGUGUCUGGAAUUUCUCCUUCCGUUCGCUGUCAUUGUAUUUUGCUGUUUUAGAAUUGUGAGGUGCCUGAUGAAGAGUCAGGAUGACCACACUCAUGCUUUGAAGAUUACAGUCUUGGUGGUGGUGGUUUUUGCAGUGUGCUUUUUGCCCAGCAAUAUUAUUUUACUUCUCCUGUAUUCGAGAUUCAAUAACUUAUACUUUGAAUACAUUGUCUGCCUAGUUUUGAGUAGUUUAAACAGUUGUAUUGACCCGUUUAUUUAUUAUUAUGUGUCAGAAGAUUUCAGGUCUAAAAUAUGCUUAUCAUCUACAUGGACGGUCAAAAACCAAAAAUCAGACAGCUCAUCUAGAUUCCUGAAAGGAGAAACACUUUCUUCGACUAAAAAAAACUCAAUAGGCUAUCUCUAAGGAUGAUCACAGACAUGGCAAAACGUCAAAAAUGUCCAUCUCAAAACCACAAAUAGGCAAUGUGACAGCUUUACCCAUGUUUAUGUUAUAUAUUUGCUUUGUACUGUUCUUUUAUACAAACUGAAUAAAAAGAGCUACAGAAAUGACUCUAGACGCUGGGAAAAAUGCACGACUGCUUCUAAAGCACAUUUUAAAGAUUGACCGAUGGAACAAUUUUGACACUCUGUAUGGCACAUAUCCAGUUAUCUUUUUAAAAACAUUUCAGUGUACAUCUCCGUCCUGUCCUGGGGACCUUCUAGAAGAAGCUUGCACGUUCUCUCUGUGUGGACUUAUCCUUCCUUGGCUUCUCCAGUUUCCCUCCAUCACAUGAAAGGUGUUUUAGGUUAACAAUUAACUAUAAAGUGGUCCAUUAUGGGUAUAUGUGGAUGUUUAUAAGUGUACCAGAGAACCAGGUAAGUAGUUUAGAAAAUGGAUUGAAUGUGUGAGUGGUGCAUUGUUCAUGCCACACAGCUCCAGGGUCCUUGCUUUGAACCCUGGCUUGGCUACCUACCCUGUGCAGUUCUGUCGUCUUGUCUACUUGUCCAAGUUUUCUCAGGGUCUUCUUCCCAAAGAAAUGCAUCUUGGGUUAAUCAUUAUUUGUAUACUGACCAGUGUGAACAAGUAUGAGCAAGUGGAUAUGUGUGUCAUUUGAUGGAUGGUCUGCCUCUUGCCUUACACCCUUUGCUGCUCAGAGAGCCUCUGACUCCUGAACAGUCCGCAUAGGACAAAAGGUGGUUUCAGAAAAUUGAUAGACCAAGAAUAAAAUUAAGAACAAAUGGCUUCAUCAAGUAAAAGGCAGGUAAUACAUCGACUCAUCCUUGCAACAUCACAUGUUUUGGCAUCUAUUUCAUAAAAAAUGUCACUACAGAAAGUAGUGAGAAGAGCAACUAAACUGAUUACAGGACAGAGAGGUAUGAACUACAAGGAAAGACUAAAGGAGCAGUAAAUUUUCAGUUUACGCUAAAAGGACCUGAUGAAUCUGAUGGAAAUGUUUAAAAUUAUGAAGGGAAGUGCAGUGAACCCCUGUUGUUACUUUCUUCAACAAGAACUUCAGAGACAUACUUGGAAGUAACUUCAUUUUGUUUUGGAGAAUCUAUGAGAAGUCAGUGGCCUCUUCAAAACUGUUCUGUACUGUUAUGUAUAUUUCAAAUUUAAAACUACCUUGUUUAUUGUAGAUACGGGCUCCUGGGGAGCUAUAAUGAAUUUUUAAUAAAGUCUUUACUUCCUUUA